AUGUCGUCCACCUCCGAACUAAGUGUCGCCAUCUACAAAGACGAAGGCAUAUACAAACACUGGAGCCUCUUCAUUGAUGGGCCGACAGACCCAGAGAAGAUCAUCCUCCAUAUCAUGGGAUCUUCGACCCGAUACCGCUUCGAAAUGAGAAACUCGAAUGCUCGUUACUCGGCUACCCUCAUUGAGCUGGUGUAUCUGUGUCAUGUGGAUAAUUCCAAGAUCAAUGCUAUAAAGGACGCUGCCCAGAAGAUGACAAUCCCCAACGAACAUCCAGGCUAUAACUGUCAGGACUAUAUCCUUGAGCUUUUGGAUCAGUUGGAAGAGGAAAAGAUUAUCGAUCGUAGCAAUGCGAGCUACAAAAGGAACAGAAAGAAGGUCGAGGACAAGCAGGAAGGCCUGAAUUAG